ACCGAUGUAUUUACUGUUUACAUGAAAACAGACACAUAUCUGACUGAAAUUUAGCAACGUCCAUCAUUGCGUGAAUGUUUAAAGUCACUAAAGUAAAAGUGGAUGGACUGUCCCACCAGCAUCGAUUUUGAAUAGAUUGCAAAGAUAACUGGGGAAUGAUGCGUGAGGUUGGAAACUUGUGGAGCAACAACUCGGUGGGUCACAGCAGUGAUCUAGAAGAGGAUGAUGAAGAGGAGAUGGCGUUUGGAGAGAACGAGGAAGACUCUGAAGAGAUGAUGGACUUGAGUGAUCUACCUACAUCUCUUUUUGCUUGCAGCGUACAUGAGGCUGUGUUUGAGGAGGACAUGCAGCGGGAGCGGUUUGAAGCUUUGUUCAGGAUCUAUGAUGACCAGAUGUCCUUUCAGAUGUUCAAGAGUUUCAGAAGAGUUCGGAUCAGCUUCAGCACCCCAGAGGCGGCUGCACGUGCACGUAUCGAGCUCCAUGAAUCCGAUUUCAACGGCACUAAGCUAAAACUCUACUUUGCACAGGUGCAGAAUUCAGGCGAGGAUGUGGACAAGACGUACCUGGCCCCACCUCAACCUGUCAAGCAGUUCCUUAUCUCUCCACCUGCGUCCCCGCCCGUGGGGUGGAGUCAGAGUGAUGACGCCACACCUGUGAUCAACUACGACCUGCUAUGUGCUGUGGCCAAACUAGGUCCAGGUGAGAAGUACGAACUGCACGCAGGUACAGAGUCUACUCCCAGCGUGGUGGUCCACGUGUGCGACAGCGAAACCGAGGAAGAUGAGGAAGGUCAGCCUAAAAUGAAGAUUGUGCAGACCAGACGUCCCGAAGCCCCCCCGAAAGUCUACAACUAAAUCCUUCGCCGCACCGCACAUGUUCUUUCUCUCUAUCUUUCUCUCAUCCAGAGAAAGACACGCUUUAUUUCAACGACAAAAGGCUAAGAAACGGAUGCAUUUGAAGGGUUGCUUAACGCACCAGAGGCUUAUGGUGUUCUGAAAUGAACUUGUGGAAUUAACACAGUGUCACCGAUGUCUCACCGGGACAGCCAGGGGGGCGAUGAGUUUGCAAGCUCACCCCCACAUUUAAACCACUUUCAUUCCCUCAUUCCGAGUCUUUGUACUGUAGCAUUACAUUACAAGCAGUAAUUGUAUUUAACAGUCGUAGAAAUAGGUUACAUGUAAACUUUGUUACGGUUCGUCACUUUGAUCAUCAACCAAAAAAGGGAACUAUUAUUUCCUCGGUUUCUCUGUGAUGGCUGCGUCCACGUUUAUCUCCAUAUCGGUCUGCAGAGGUGCCGGACCAUGAGAUUUUCAACGAAAGCAUUGAGAACGAAGGGUUCAGUUGAAACGUUUAAAUAAUAUUGUAACGUUUGUGACGAUGAACGAUGUUUGAGAGCGAGGGUGUUAAACGUGUUCGUUUACUAGGAUGGAUGUGCAUUAUUCUUACUGUGUAUUUGAUACCACACCCAUUUUUGCAUGCUAUCUGGUGUAUUUUAUACUAUGUUUAAGAAUAAAGCAACUGCUGUUGAGCAUAUCUGACCGCUGUCUGUCAGUGAGAUGAACUGGCCUUGGAAAGUGAAGAGGUUUGACAGACUUAUUGUACUUGUGGAACUCAAUGUUCAUGUAUGGGCCUGAUUAGAUAGUAGUGAGAAAUGAAUCGAUGGUGCAGAACAAAAGCACAUUGAGUUGUGUCUUUCUUUCCUCCAGUUUCUAUUUGGCGCUCUCCUUUAACUUUUUAUGAUCAAAUUAUAAUGGGGGAUUUCUGUACUGCUUGCAUUGUUAAGCACCUAAAGUUUUGGGGAUCUCUACAUAGAUUUACUAAAUCUAAAUGCUGGAGUUUCAAGAUUACGUGCUGAAUAUGGACAGUAUCAGAGAGUUCCCAGCUGAAUUAUUUUAUUCUAGUUUUUUUUAUUAUGUUCAAAGAGGAAUUGUCUUUUAAUUUACAGGGCAUCAAAAACUCUUAGACUAACUCUUUGUUAUGUGCAGCUACCGGGUCCAGUACUGCUGUGUGAAUGUAUCUUUACCGUUCUAUGUUGUUAGGUUUGUACUUGGCAUUGACAAAAAUUCUAUAUUUUGUGUCUUGCAAAUUAUAUUUGGUUUAUUUUGGCCAUAAACUUCCAGUGUGUUAAUUCAUACCAAAAUUCUUAAUACUGAACACCUCUGCAAUAAUGUGUUGUACCAAUAUUAGAGCGUAACGGCACUUCAGUUAGCCUCACAAUAUCACAUUUCAGUGUAAAGGGGAUGAGACCAGUUGAUUGUUGAAAUCUUAUUUCCAAAUGUGAUAAAAAAAUUUGCAGACGCUUAUGUAAAUCACAAUAGAUUUUAUGCAAACAAAUGACUGAUGUGACUUUAUAAUUUGCCUUAUUUUCACUGCUCACAUGAAAGUGUUUUGUUUAAAAGCAAAUCCUUUAAAGACAAAGGACUCCUUUAUCAAAUAAUACAUCAAAUGAAAGAUUUGAAUUGUUGUGUAAUUCUGAAUUUUGAUUCAUGCAUGCUGUGACUGGAAUAGAUGUCAUUUACAGUUUCAUUUCAUGUUGAAUGCGGCGCUAUUUUCCUUUCCAUCAUGUUGUGUUUCAGGUGUUCAAUCAGCACAGGGGGAAGAAACGAGUUACUGAUAUUCAGCUUGAACAAAUGUGUUUGUUUUCUAUUUUUUAUUUGUGUGCGUGUUUAAGCUCACGUUGAAGAUAAAAGAUUCUGAAGAGAAGUGAAAUACAGGAACAGAUGAAGCCGUGUAAUGUAUUGACAUUUUUUACUGGUGUUUACUGGUUUGACUUGUUGCAGUUGCUUCGUAACGCAGUGAAAAUGAUCUUGUUCUUUUUUCUAUGUGUACAGAUGGUCAGUUUAGUCAGUGUUGAUGUUCUGUUUGGAUGUAGAUAUCGUCUUGUAUCAUAACUGUAGUUCAUGAGCAUUGACUACAAAGCAAUAAUUUAGAAUUAUAUACGUCUCUGUCCCGUAUGGUAUGUAUUUAUUUGCAGAGUUGAUUCUAAGCUUACUUAUGUUUGUGUAAAUAUGAUUGUUAUUUGUUUCUCAUUAACAUAUAAAUAAAGGUAUAGAAAUGAUUCCUUAAAAAA